AUGUGUCAAUCCCCCCUUCAUGACUUCAUACACGGUCUCCCCAAGUGUGAGCACCAUGUUCACCUGGAAGGCUGUCUCACGCCCGAAUUGAUCUUUCAUCUUGCGGAACGCAAUGGCAUCCAACUUCCCUCUGCGGCCGAAAACCCAGCAUACGCAUCCAUCGCCGCGCUCACGAACCGCUAUGAACACUUCACCUCGCUCGACGACUUCCUCGCCUUCUACUUCGAGGGCAUGGCAGUGCUCCGCACGGAAGAAGACUUCACCGACCUGGCCUGGUCAUACUUCCAAAAAGCGCACGCCGACGGGGUCCACCACGCCGAAGUCUUCUUCGACCCGCAGGUCCACCAAAGCCGCGGCGUAGCCUAUGCGACCAUCGUCGCCGGAUUCGCCGCGGGAUGUAAGCGCGCCGAGACCGAGCUCGGUCUGAGCACAAGGUUGAUCAUGUGCUUUGUGCGUCAUCUCCCCAUCGCCUCGGCGCAGCAGGUCUAUGAAGAGUUCUUGACGCACGCGCACUUCGACGCUGGAGUUGUGCACGGACUCGGCUGGUCCUCCUCGGAAGUUGGUCCGCCAAAGGACAUGUUCCGGGAGAUUUAUGCCUCGGCGGCCGCCAAGGGAAUCCCCUUAACGGCGCAUGCGGGCGAAGAAGGCGAUCCGACGUAUAUCAGUACUGCGCUAGAAUUAGGCGCCACGCGCAUCGAUCACGGCAUUCGGUUGAUCGAGGAUCCGGAGUUGUUGAAGCGAGUUGCGGCGGAGGGGACGUUGCUGACGGUGUGUCCGCUGUCGAAUGUUCGUUUGCGCUGUGUCUCGAGCGUGGAACAGGUGCCGAUUCGAAAGUUUUUGGCCAGCGGGGUCAAAUUCUCAAUCAACAGCGAUGACCCGGCGUAUUUUGGUGGGUACAUUCUGGAUAAUUACUGCGCUGUGCAGGAGGCGCAUCAGUUGACCGCUAUGGAGUGGAGGAUUAUUGCGGAGAACAGUGUGCAGGAGAGUUGGAUUCCGGAUGGGAGGAAGGCUGAGUUGCUGGAGAAGAUUGAGGGUCAUGUCAAGCAGCACAACUUGGCUGUCUCCACAGCAGCAUGA